GUGUCAGAGAUCCUAAGAGGUUGUUUUGAAGCCAGCAGUCCUGACGAGGAAAUACUUGUUUUUCUCGGGCGUCGACACUGUCACCUCGAUUCCCCCCUGUGUCUUUUCCUCCACACCAUCUUUGACAUUGCUGAAUGGAAUCCUUGAUGUCGCCGAGCCACGUAGUCGGUGCGAGCCCUUCACUGAUACUCCCUCCAUCCUCUCCCAGUAGAGCAGCACGAUCCCGCCUAGAAACCCAAGUCCCUAUCGCUCGAGUUGCUUCCGGUCGCGACUCGCGUUCGAGCCCCACAUUUAGCCAUGGUUUCAGGCGCACAAUAGGGUCGACCACGCCGACCCACACAAGCGUCGCAAGCUGUCGAAACGGCUUCGCGGCGACGUCGCGUAGUCUUCCUGUCAGCGAUGGCGGGAAGAACUCUAGAGGCGUGGCUUGGGAUAGAAGCAGAGGGAAGGGCCGGUGGAUGCAGAUGAUUCGUGCGGCUGCGCAAGGGUCGGCGGUGGAGCAGCAGCUGGCGGAAGGGGUGGUGGGGGAUGGACUGGCGCGGGCGAGCAGCAACGGCACAGCAGGAGUUACAGACGAAGAGAUCCUGGCGUCCAUCCCCGCUCUCGGCGCGACGCUGGACGACCGCGGCGGCUGUGUGUUCCGCGUGUGGGCGCCGCACCCUCAGCGCGCCACCCUCGUGGUCAAGCGCCUCUCGCCGUCCCGCGCUGCCGCUGCUACCGGUUGGGUUGAAUCCGAGGCGGGAGAAGUCGAGAGGGUGGAGAUGGCGCGGGAUGGCAACGUGUGGCUCGCGCGGGUUGCGGAUGUCGUUGCUGGAGACAGGUACCACUUUGUGUUCGAGUGGGAGGGCAAGACGCUGGAGCGGCGGGACGCGAGGGCGCGCGCUACAGACUACGACAGCAAUGAUUGCAUCGUGGUGGACCCGCGCUACAACUGGACCCCGUUUGAAGCCCCCCCGUUUGAGGCUCUCAAUAUUUAUCAGCUGCAUGUUGGAGCUUUCACUGGGCGGCUGCCUGGAGGCGGCACCUUUGCGGCCCUCAAGGACAAGCUGCCGUACAUCAAGAGCCUUGGCUUCAACGCCGUGCAGAUGCUGCCGGUGCACGAGUACUGCGGGCAGUGGGGCUACAACCCGCGCCUGCUCUUCGCGCCCCACCCCUUCUACGGCUCGCCUCAGGAGCUCAGGGAGCUGGUGGAUGCCGCUCACUCCCAUGGCCUGGCGGUGAUAUUCGACGUGGUGCUGCACCAUCUGGCGCCCAACCUCAACAGCCUGUGGGAGUAUGACGGUCCCACCAAGAAAGGAGGCCUCUACUUUGACGGCGGCGGCGACUCGUCGUGGGGCAAGACGUUUGCGUGGUGGCAGCAGGAGGUGAAGGACAUGGUGCUGGACGCCGCCCGCCUCUUCCUCAACGAGUACAACGGCGACGGGCUGCGGUUUGACUGUGUGCACGCCAUGCCUUGGAAUGUGUCGCAGAGCCUCACGUGGCACCUGCACCGGGAAUUCCCCAACCACAUCCUCAUCUCCGAGAUCACCCCCGAGGUGCCCGAGGUGCUGUCGGACGCGGGGUACGACGCGACGUGGAUGCACACGUCGUUCUACAAGAUGCGCUCCUUCAUGCUCUGCACCGACGGGCCCAGACCCCUCGGCCGCCUACAGGCCCUGCUCACGCUGCUGCCCGGCUACUCCAAGUCAACGCAGUGUGUGAAGUACUUCCUGGGGUCCCAUGACCAGAUCGGGUGCCGCAGAAACGGCAGCUAUGAUGACGAAAUACAGGGCUACCACAGGUAUGCGGUGGAGCUGUUUGGCGGCCGCGAGGAUUGGAAUGCACGGGCCAAAGUGCGCAUGUGGUUCGCCUGCCAGGUGUGUGCGCAGGGCAUACCAAUGACGUUCAUGGGGUCAGAGUGCGCGCACCCCAACUGGUGGGGGAUCAACGCCAAGGACAUGCUCGAUUGGCAGUACACUGAGGACGCGGUUGGGCAGCAAAUGCAGGCACUGGUGCGGGCGGCGAACGGGGUGAGGGCGGGGAGUGCGGCGCUGCAGCGAGGGGGCUUUGAGACGGUGCACUACGACGAGGCCAACUGCGUGCUGGCCUUCAAGCGCCAGACUGAGAGCGAGACUAUGCUGGUGGUGGUGAAUGCCAGUGAUGCCCAGUGGGAGAAGGCCGACUAUGGCGUACGCACUGGUGGCGACACUCGGCCAUAUGUGGAGGUGUUCAACUCGCAGGAAGCGGAGUAUGGGGGGUGGGCCACAUCAGGCAACGCGGGCAGGCAGGUAGCUCCCAGCCACGGCAAGCUGUUCAUCAACCUGCCCAAAUGGGCCGUGCUGGUCUUCAGACCACAGGAAUAGUUGUUGCGCAACAAUGGUGAGGGAUGGCAAGUCAAUCUCCUUGGUAGGUUCUGCUUGAGGUUGCUAACAAGGCUUGGAUGGAGUUAGAAGCAUUAAGGUAUAGGAGACCAAACAUUAAUAAAGCCACAGAAACCAAUUCCCUGUUUGAAUAUCGACCUUGAUUUCAUGAAAUUUAACGUA